UUAGUGGUUUAAAAGGGCAGAUAGUGUACCUUUUCCUUAGCUACUAUCUGCCUCCGAAGGCGCCACUUCGCGGUACAAAGAUGACCUCGCCUUUAGAGCAGGCCGAUGAUGGAGGGGGGUUAACUAUAUCGUCGAUGGUCAAAGAAUUCCAAGGGCUCAAAGACAAAUUUAAGCGCGAGGACGCUGACUCGCGUGAGUUGUCGGUCUAUAUAUAUUUUGAGUUAUUGUCUCCUUACAGCUUCUCCCUUCUCCGACCUUGAAAAGGCGACGGUACUGCAAGAGUGCCGUGUUUUUUCAGACUCUAAGGUUGUGACUGAGUCGCCACGCAAGUGUUCUCAGCUUAUCACUAAGUUACUGCACAUAGUGACUCAGGGUGAUGCCAUGUCAUCCUCUGAGGUGACUGAGGUCUUCUUUGGUGUUACUAAGCUUUUCCAAUCCAGCGACGCUUCCCUUCGUCGAAUGAUAUAUUUCUUCAUAAAAGAGGCAACGCUCUCUAGUAUGUCAUUUGCAUACUGUUGUUGCCUAGGUGGCCGAAACGUGUAACCCUGACGACAUAAUUAUAGUGACCUCUUCUUUGACUAAGGACAUGAAUUCAAAGGAAGAUUUGUUUCGUGCGAAUUCAAUCCGUGUACUUGCUAAAAUGUGCGUGAGUUAUUCUAUAAUGAGGGAUACCAAGUUGGAGUAGGAUUGAUGCUACCAUGCUUGGUGCAAUUGAAAGGUACAUCAAACAGGCUAUUGUAGACAGAAAUGCGAUGGUAUCCUCGUCUGCUCUUGUUGCAGGUAAGCACUUGCUUCCACUUCCACUUCCAGUAACACGGAUAUGACCAGGCACACAUUUGAUACGCGGGUCACCUGAUGUUGUCAGGAGAUGGGUAAACGAAGUACAGGAGGCCUUACAUUCAUCCUCGGAUAUGGUCCAAUUUCAUGCACUUUCCCUCUUAUAUGAGAUCAAGCAACAUGAUCGCCUUGCGAUAUCUAAACUAGUUACGAAGUUGACAAGGGGAACAAUUUCAAGUCCCCUGGCAACGUGUCUUUUGAUCCGGUACAUUACUACCAUUGUGCGCGAUUCUGGCGGGAAUGCCUUGGCAAGCGCAACAGGCCGCGCUGCAUACCAAUUUCUGGAGUUAUCCCUGCGUCACCGCUCUGAGGCAGUAAUUUAUGAGGCCGCUAAAGCGCUUUGCAACUUACCCGGAAUAGAAGAGCGCGAUCUCGGCCCGGCUGUGGCUGUCUUGCAGCUUUUCCUGUCUUCCCCAAAGUCCACGCUUCGGCUUGCAGCGAUGCGAGCUCUUUCUAGUGUUGCAAUAGCCAAACCAUCAGCAGUCAUAAAAUGUAAUGACGACAUGGAGUCGCUCAUCGCCGAUAAUAAUCGCUCUAUUGCAACUUUUGCAAUUACGACUUUAUUAAAAACUGGUUCUGAAUCAUCUGUUGAUCGUCUAAUGAAACAAAUUUCGUCAUUUAUGAAUGAAAUAGCAGACGAGUUCAAGAUUGUUGUCGUCACUGCGAUUCGGGAGCUUUGUCUCAAAUACCCUUUAAAGCACCGUGUCCUUGUUGGAUUUCUUGCCAAUUUUCUGCGCGAGGAAGGGGGUUUUGAAUUUAAGAAAGCGAUUGUUGACGCCAUUAUUGCUCUCAUGUGCGUAAUAUCCGAGACCAAAGAGUCGUCGCUUUUUCAUCUUUGUGAGUUCAUUGAAGAUUGCGAGUUCACUGCGUUGUCGACACAGAUUUUGCAUCUUGUUGGUAUCGUGGGGCCCACAACCGUUGCACCUGCAAGAUAUAUUCGUUUUGUCUACAAUCGUGUCAUACUUGAGAAUGCAGCUGUGCGUGCAGCAGCAAUUACCACUCUCGCUAAGUUUGCUGCAAGACUCCCAGCAUUACAAGCAUCUGUGUCCGUGCUGUUACGUCGUUCACUGCGUGAUGAGGACGACGAAGUCCGUGAUCGUGCUACAGUCGCUCUAAGAUUGCUCGGAGAGAACAUUACAAAAGAUGCUCCUGGCGACGGCGAGGCAGAAGGCAGCCAACGGCCCUUCAGGCAAGAUGCGUUGGCAGCGGACAGUACAAGAGAUCUGCCACUUCAACCAGAAAUUCACUUGCUUCUUGAACCGCUGCCAAUGUCUUUUGCACAGCUCUCUGCCGCACUGAAAGAGUUUGAGGUUGCAGGUAGUCGUGAAGAUGAUGCCCUCGCACUCAGCCUCACAACUUUGCCUGUAGUCGAUUACACGAGGCCGAGCUCUCAAUCAGCGGUUUGUAUUCGUCGUGUACCUUCAGCAUAGUGAAUCUGAGUAGGUGCCAGCUAGUGCAUCGCUGUCCUCGUCAAAUGACUCCGCUGAGUUGUAUAAAAUUCCUGAACUUGCUACUUUGGGGCGUGUUCACUCUUCAACCUCUCCUAUCCAACUGACUGAAUCGGAGACUGAGUAUGUAGUAUCUUGCAUCAAACAUAUUAUGUCAGAGCAUGUUGUGCUUGAGUUUGCAAUUACGAACACGAUUUCAGAUCAAUUGCUGGUGGAUGCAUGUCAAAACUGCAGCGUACGGGGUAAGAUGUGAUAAAUAUAUGCGCUUGUGCCAGGCAUUGUUAUUGAGCAGGCACCUGAUUCACCGCAGCAUUAUGAUCAUGUGGCCUCUGUGCAUGCCCCCAUUUUACGCUGCGGUGCCACCGAACGAGCUUGGCUGAUACUGCGAGGGAGUCCUGGCUCAACGUUUGGUGCCCCUGCUCAUUUCCUUGCAGAGCUCAAGUUUCGUGUCGUUGAGAUUGAUCCAGCCACUGGGGAAUUCGAGGGGGAUGAAGAAGGGUUUCCGGAGGAUUACCCGCUUGAAGAUAUAGAAAUUUCAACUGCUGAUUUCGUUGCGAAGGUGAGACAAUGAUCCAAAGUUAUCCGAGUCUUGGGCCCUAGGCGGAUAUAAGCAAUUUUCGACAAGCCUGGGAUUCACUUGAGAAAGAUAAAGAAGUGCUUCAAAAGUAUUCUCUCCAAUUCAAAGACAUGGAAGUCGCGAUAGAUGCUGUGAUAUCUUGCCUUGGGAUGCAGUCAUAUACGUAGUCUCUGACGUUUUUUUUGCCCUUUUGUUGACACAUAUUACUAUUAAAUAUAUCAGGCCAGAGGAUGGUACGAAUGAAAUUGAUAAAAGCAGGAUAGGCAUGCCGCAUACUCUUCACCUCUCCGGAUGUUUUGCAGGGAACCUUGACAUACUGGCACGGGCUCAGCUUCAAGUUGAAGCUAAGUUGGGGUGUAUUCUCAAAAUCGCUGUGCGCUCACCUCAACUUGAGGUAUCUGAGCUAAUAUCUGAUUGCAUAAAUUAAAUGCAGCCUAGAUGACAUUCGCAUUUCUUGAGCCGCAGAGCGGUGUUGAAUAUGCAUACAACUUACCGUGGCUCACCAAUGACAAAAUAAGUGCCGACAAAUUGAGUCGCCGGCUGGCUGCUCCGCUGUCUCAGGGAAACGACUCGACAGCUUUUUAUCUGAGUCGCUGAGUGGACUGAGAUUGUGAACCAGUAAGAGCUAUUAACAUUUUAGAUGGACGGCCCCCCACACUAAAUAAACUGGCACUGCCAGAAGCCCAAAAUCAGGGUGACCGGGGGGAUCCCAACCCCGAAUUUGCCGUAUCUCUAUAACAAGAUCAAAACGGGCGAUCCGAGUCGAAACGAUAGUGUUUAGAAAUUUCCGUGCCGUUUCGGGAGACCUAACUGGCACCCCAUCGGGCCUACCUAGCUGGCCAUAGAUUAGAGCCAUAAGUACCGUGACCCCCGGCCGGGCUGAGGGCUCCUGGGAGACCAAAUUAGCAGCACGCUGGCCCGGGA